AUGGCAAACAAAACAAACAAGACAGACAACGUCAUAUCUGCGCUGCCCUUGUGCCCGUUUCGAUGUCAACACACAUGUCAACACAUGCCUGGAAAGAUGAGCCGCUUACGCCCAGUAUCUGACUCGUUGGAAAAUCUCGGCUUUGUGUCCAAAGGAGAUAAAAAGCUGUUGGACCAUAAGACGCAGACCGAGUACUUCGACAAGAUUGUCGAUCGAUAUAUGCGAUUCUGCGCCCGCCACUCUAAAGAUCUCGAUGCAGCAUUGACCUCUCUUCCAACAAGUCGAUCGAACGAUGCGACCUCCAAUCCGCCUGCUUCCCGGCCGAUGAUCAAAUCAAACUCCGCACAGAAAGACGCCCCGCCACCAUCAGCGGAGCUAUCCACACUCCUUCUCUCCCUCCGGAAGCUGCGCGAGGCCGUGCUGGCAACAGCCAAACACACGCCCCCAGAAUUCUCGCAACGAGUGCAUAAUUUCUCCAUUCGCUUAUCCAUUCUCGCGCACCACCCGCCGUCAUACUUCCCUUCACUGCGAUAUGUUGUGGAUAAAUUGCACUCGAUAUCCCACCCACUACCCGACUCUGAAGUCAAAGAAAUGCUCACUUACUUAAUUCUUGAUUACGCCUGUCGGCAAGACGACAUGAUCUCAGCGUUUGAACUGCGAGCCCGGGCGCGGAAAGAACAUGCCUUUAAAUCGCAGAUCGUGGAUAAGGUAUUAACGGCCUUGAUACACGAUAAUUGGGUCAUGUUCUGGCAGUUACACAACAGUGUGGAUUCCCACAUCCGGGCAGUUAUGAAUUGGGCUGCGGACCGAGUUCGCAGACACGCGCUUAAGGCCGUGGGCAGCGCCUAUAUCAGCGUGCACAUUAGUUGGAUUUUGGGCGGUUGCACCGGUGACGAACAGACUUGGACAUGGGAGAAAUUGGUCGAGCAAGAGAAGCUUCGCUGGGAGCGGAUAGAUGACAAAGUCAUCAUCAAAAGGCCGAGGCAGAAUCCCCCUUCCAAGGCGCAGCCAAGCGCGUCGACUGCUUGA